AUGUGCGAUCGCCUUCAUGAUGAAGCUCUCUCCCCAAGCUCUAACUUGUUUUUGCAGAUUCAAAUUAUCGACACACAUUGGACACAGCCGGAUCCCGAUACCCCGGAUGCGCAAGCGGGUGAAAUCAAGCUCGACUAUGUCAAGACCGCCGAGGCCACUCACUCCUAUCCCGUGACCCGUAUUCUCUGGGAGCCUCCCUCAUCACAAAAGCAAUCAACCGAUUUAUUGGCUACGUCGGGCGACCACCUCCGUCUAUGGUCUCUUCCUAGCGCCCAACCUUUGCAGAGCUCCAAUUCCAUCACACGACCUACCAAUCAAAGAGAGGCACCCCUUUCCAAGCUCUCUCCGCUGGCACUCCUGUCAAAUUCUAAGUCCCCCGAGCAUACGGCCCCUAUUACCUCGCUUGACUGGAACACAAUAUCCCCCAGCUUGAUCAUCACUUCGAGUAUUGAUACCACGUGUACCAUCUGGGAUAUUCCGACCUUGACAGCCAAAACCCAGUUGAUUGCGCACGACAAGGAGGUUUACGACGUUCGUUUCUGUGCGAACAGUGUUGACGUGUUUGUCAGCUGUGGUGCCGAUGGCAGUGUCCGCAUGUUCGACUUGCGCAGCCUCGAGCACAGCACCAUCAUAUACGAGCCAACGGAUAAGACAGAAAAGCCUGUGAUGAGUCCUGGCAACUCUAGCCCAUCCGGCCCAUCAUCCUCCGGGCUGUUCCCUCCUCCUUUGCUGAGAAUCGCAGCAUCCCCACACGAUGCCCAUCUCCUCGCCACUUUCUCCUCGGAAUCGAACGUAGUCCGCGUUCUGGACGUACGACAGCCCGGCCAGGCACUCCUCGAACUCAAGGGCCACUCUGCUCCCCUCAACUGUGUCGAGUGGUCACCAAAUCGACGGGGUAUAUUGGCUUCCGGUGGCGACGAUAGUCUCGUUCUCAUCUGGGAUCUCAUCAAUCAACAGAACGCCGCGCCUCUUUCUCCUCCCGCACAGAAUCCCGGAACACCAGCAACACCAUCUGAGCGCGGUCCGGCUGCCGCUUGGCAAUGUGACUACGAAGUCUCUAAUAUUAGCUGGUCCCCACAAAGCGGAACCAAUUCGUCCGGGAACCCGCGGGAAUGGCUUGGAGUUUGCGGUGGACGCGGUAUCUGGGGUGUAUCUCUAUAA